AUGAAUGAAGCCAAAAUGAUUUUUGAAGAAAAAAGUGUUCAUCUGGAUGAAGUAUUAAAAUUAUUUGGUGCGUUCAGUCGCUAUCACAUACAAGCGAUUCUUUUGAUAAGUUUCGCCUUCUUUAAUAAUGGCAUGCACUGCAUUAAUUAUGUUAUUGUUGCUGAAGAGACUUUAUACAGAUGUAAGAUCGAGGCGUGCGAGCAGAAUAGCGUAUUCGAGUCGCCAUACAAUUUCACUGCGCCCCCUUCGUCCAGGGGUUGCUAUAAAUACCACUCACAGUCUGAAGAAUGUUCGGAAUUCAGUUUUAAUACAUCAAUUGUGGAGGCGUGUGAUCAAUAUGUUUAUAAGAAAGAGGAUAGCUUUGUAGCUGAGUUCCAGCUAGCAUGCCAAGAUUGGAAGCGCACAUUUGUUGGCACAGUGCACAGUAUUGGUCUAAUGUGUGGACUAUUUUUCCAAGGACAGCUUUCUGACAAAAUUGGACGGAAAGCGGCCAUCAUAAUCGCCGGUGUAGCUGCAGCAUUAUUUGGAAUUGCGAAGAGUUUUGCAAGUACAUAUUUAGCUUUUGUUAUACUGGAGUGGUUAGAAGCCACUUUUGGGGACAAUUGUUCACCAGCUUUUAUAUUGGGAGUGGAACUUGUGCACAGCGACUACAGACUUCAUCAACAGAUAUUCUUUUGCGUGAUCGCAGCUUUGGGUGGCGUCUCAUUUUCCAUAGCGGCAUACUUAGUUCCUUACUGGAGACAUUUCGUCCGCGUGAUUUAUGCACCGUCUCUGCUUUUCAUAUUAUUCUACUUUAUCAUGGACGAAAGCGUGCGAUGGUUGCUAAGUAAAGGAAAAAAGGAUAAAGCGACAAAAUUGUUAUUAAAAAUGGCAAGAGUAAACAAUAUAAAGUUAGAUAACAAAAUGCUUGUUAAUAUACAAUGUGAAGAAAAUGUGGUGAAUGUAGAUUCGCUAGCUGGAAAUAAAUACUUAAAUUUUGCUAUAAUGUCCCUAUCCGAUAUACCAGCGAGUAUAGCAAUGGUAUUUGUUCUAAAACGAUUUAAGAGAAAAAAACCCCUCCUCAUAUCAUUCAUAUUUGCUGGGCUGUUAUGCUUAGUUCAGCCAUUUGUGCCAAAAGAAUACGUUUGGAUGUCUACGGGAGUAUAUUUUAUGGGUAGAUUCGUAUCGACGUUCACUUUUGCUACUGUUUACAUUUACACAUCAGAACUUUUUCCAACUUAUUCAAGGAAUUCUAUGCACGCACUCUGUUCUGCGAUCGGAAGGAUCGGUUCCAUCCUGGCACCAAUGACCCCGUUACUGACGCAAUAUAUGGAAAGUCUCCCUACACUACUCUUUGGUAGUAUAUCUAUUGCAGCGGGUCUUACAACAUUAUUUGUUCCCGAUUUGGCUGAUGAACCGUUACCUGAUAACGUGCAUCAAGCAGAAAGUAUGGGCACUAGAGACUAUACUGUUGUAUCAAAAGAGGAAACGGAAAAAAUAAGU